GCCGCGGAGCAUGAUGGGAGCUGCAGCCGGAAGCAGGAGGAGACGAGCAGAGCGGCUCCGGUGAUCCCUGAAUUCGCAGCCCCCGGGACCAUCGCUCCCCAUCCCGCAGGAUUUCCCAUUCCCAAACUUUGACCAGAUGGAGAAGGAGGCUGUGAGGAAGAGGAAGAUGCCCCGGGACACCCAGGCAGACAAGGAGAAGAGUAUGGAGACCAGGGAGGACAAAUCCUCACAGCAGAACCUCGUGGAAGAGGCCGUUUUGAGCAGCUCCACAGUGCAGGAAUCCAAUGCAGAGGAAAAGCCCAGGAGAUCCCUCAGGAGGAGGGGCUCCAAACCCAGCCCAGGGUGCUCUGAGGAGGAAAGACCCACCCUGUGCGGGGAAGGUGGCCGGAGAUCCAGCCAGGGCUCUGAGCUGGUGGUCCAUGAGCAGCUUCAGGAUGGGGAGAAGCCCUACAAGUGCAUGGAGUGUGGGAAGAGCUUCAGCCAGAGCAGCAAACUGAUCUGCCACCAGAUGAUCCACACCGGUGAGCGGCCCUACGAGUGUGCAAAAUGUGGCAAGGGUUUCACCUGCAACUCCAACCGCAUCCGUCACCAGCGCAUGCACAAUGGGGAGAGGCCUUAUGAGUGUCCCGAGUGUGGGAAGAGGUUUCAGACCAGCUCCCAUCUCCUCGUGCACCAGCGGAUUCACACGGAUGAGAGGCCCUUCUGCUGCCCUGACUGCGGGGAGGGCUUCAAGCGGAACUCCCACCUCGUCACCCACCGGCGCAUCCACACUGGGGAGAGGCCCUAUGAGUGUGGGGAAUGUGGGAAGAGGUUCAGCCAUAGCUCCAGCCUGACCAUCCACCGGAGGAUCCAUACUGAGGAACGGCCCUACAAGUGUGGGGAAUGUGAGAUGACCUUCAGCCAGAGGUCCCAACUGAUCAUCCACCAGAUCAUCCACACUGGGGUGAGACCCUACGAGUGUUCUGAGUGUGGGAAGAGGUUUCAGAUCAGCUCCCAUCUCCUGAAGCACCAGCGGAUUCACACGGAUGAGAGGCCCUUCCGCUGCCCUGCCUGUGGGGAGGGCUUCAAGCGAAACUCGCACCUCGUCACCCACCAGCGCAUCCACACCAGGGAGAGGCCCUAUGAAUGUCGGGAAUGUGGGAAGAGCUUCAGCCACAGCUCCAGCCUGACCAUCCACCAGAGGAUCCACACUGGGGAACGGCCCUACAAGUGUGGGGAAUGUGAGAUGACCUUCAGCCGGAGGUCCCAACUGAUCAAUCACCAGCUCAUCCACACCGGGGAGAGGCCCUAUGAGUGUCCCCAGUGUGGGAGGGGGUUUCGGAUCAGCUCCAAUCUCCUGAAGCACCAGCGGAUUCACACAGAGGAGAGGCCCUUCCGCUGUCCUGACUGUGGGGAGGGCUUCAAGCGAAACUCCCACCUCGUCAAGCACCGGCGCAUCCACACCGGGGGGAGGCCCUACGAGUGUCCCCAGUGUGGGAAGAGCUUCUCCAGGAGCUCUCACUUGACCAGACACCAGCGGAGUCACCAGUAAGGGAAGCCUUGUGAGUGCCCCAAGUGCAGGAAGAGCUUUGUGCGCUGCCCCAACUCCAUCCCACAUCGAACGACCGAGGUUGGGCAGAGCCCUGAUGACCCGUGUUCCCAGCAAUCUGUGUUGGAAAGACACUGGGCAGGUGUUCCUUUUGAUUUGAUUCUAACUGUCUUUUGGUUCAUCUUCAUCCCUGUAAAACAGACAAAAUUGGGGUAAAAAUCAACAAAUUCAUCAAAGGCAUCUAAAGCCUCACUUUUUACUAGUGCUUCAAAGGAAUCUGGGAUUCAGGGAGAUACUUGGGGGUUUUGGGGGUAUUUGGUGUAGUUGUCUCCAUUUCUUGUCACUCAAAGAGACAAGAGGGUUCAAUCUGUCAUCUCAAAACCACUCAAUGCCACUGAAAACUACUCAACCCAACUCUUGGGAGGUUUCCUCAGAGCAGGUCCGUGGAGCCCCAUUGCCAGGGAUGGUUGCCAUGGGCACGAGGCCAGAGAUGGAGCCAGAGUGCGUUGCCUCGGCGCUGGAGAGCAGAGAAAUGAUGAAUGGUCCCAGACAUCUCCAGUGUGUGUUUGUGGGGCAGAGCAAGUUCUGCCUAGGUGGGGCAGUCACUGCCCCAGCCCAGCCACUGCAGCCUCUGCUCCAGCCCCAAAGUGGCUGCCAAGCCCCUGGCACCCCAAAAACCCUAGCUGGGAGAGGGAGCAGAGCAGGUGAGGCUGUGACACGGGUGUGACACUGACACGUGCCAUGGCACCAGAGCUCACAGCAGCUGAGAUGGUGCUGGAUCCAAGGCUGACUGUAGAUCUCUGUCCCUCUCUCUCUCUCUCUUCUGACUUCCUCUUCUCCAAAUCUGGAUAACUUGAUAUGGAACAGGUUAGAAUUUGGUAAAUCGGUGCUUUGUGAAGUGAUUUUCUGUAAUUCCAUGACACUUUAUGAUUUCCCAAGUACUUAAUCUCUAAAGUUUGCAACCAGAAGUUUGUUGUUUUCUCCCAUGCACUGCCCGAGGGGAUCAAGGUACCUCAGGUGCCUUUCCAUCAGGGGCCAAGCAAGCUUGGGGCACAGCACAGGGAACUGCAAUGCUGAGCAAGCCCUGGCAGGGUUGGAGGAAGCAGAAAGGCCAAGCCCUGAGCCCAGGCCUGGCACAGCAAGGCCUGUCCCUCAUGGGUGGCUCGGGGCUCUUUUUGGGGAAGUGGGAUGUGAGGGGCAGCAAGGACAAAUGUCAUAAACCUGUGUGACACUCCAGAUCCUUAUGGAACCAAGGGGCCAGUGGGACAUAGUGGGAAGUUGUGGAACCAAGGGAUCAUUGUGGCUCUGUUGGGCCCAUGGAACCAAGGGGCCAGUGGGACACUGUGGAUUGUCAUGGAAACAAGGGACCACUGUGAGCCUUCAAGGCUGUAACACCCCAGGACACUUCAAUGCUGAUGGUAACUGUUAUAAAUGAAAUGACAAUUAGACAACUAGGUCUAUUGAAUUAACAGCAGUUUAAUUAAAAAUUAAUUCAAUUUAGUGAAUUGAAUAGCAAUUUGGUAUAAAAGAAUACAGUUCAGUAAAAAAAUGCAAUUUAUAUAUAAUUUGCCAAUAACUAAGUAUGAUUAAAACGUAAGCAAAACCGACUGGGCUAUGGAGAGGGCUUCUCACCCUGCCUCAUGUACAAAACAAAGCAGUUCAAACUAAACUUCUAUAUUACAUGCUUAUGCAUAUUCAUUAAUGUUUCCUGUAAGUUUCCUCCUACUUCUGAUUCUUAAAUUUUACGUCACUAUUCUUCACGGCGCAAGCCUCACUUGUUGCUAGGGGAUCUUCAGUGUUCUUUCGGUGGUCUGUGGAUGAAGGCUUACACUCAUCUCAUCCUCUGGAUGGCCUCACAGGUGUGCGUGCAUACUAAGCGUUGUGUUAUGUAAAUAAGCAUUGUGCUCCACUAAUUAGUGUUACAUUUAACAGUUUUCAGGCCCUAUACCUAAAGUCAUUCCAACUUGGUUGAUCUCAAGGUUGAUUUUUUCUUGGGACAUUGCUUUUCUUAAAACUACAUCCUCUAUCCUGUUUUUAACAUGUAACAUCUGCAAAGGGGUCCAUCUGCCUUGUAACACUGAUUCCCUUUAUUGCUUUAUAAUAAUUACUUUCCAAAUAGUUACAAUUUAGUUAGCAUGAAUCAUCUCCAUUUAUUACAAUUCUUGCAUUUCUCUUUUUAAUCGUAUUGAUUCAUGCUUCUUAUAAAAAAUCCUGAAUUUUAGUAUUUUUUAUAUUCCAAAUAAUUCAGUUUCUUGUGUUCUCCUCACUUUGGCUUCUAAUUUUUGUAACAUCUCCCGUGCUGCAUUAAGCUUUUCACACUCUUUCUCAAAUUUGGUUACCAUUUUUUGUGCUAUAGUAGUCUCGUUAUGUUUAGUCAACAUCUUUUUAGUUCUUUUCUUUUGAGUGCCAGUAGGUCUUGCUUUUAGUAUCAUUGAAGAGUUUGGUGGUUUUUUGGUUUGUUUUUUUUUUUUUUUUUUUCCAGUUCUGGAUCAAUGGGUAUUACUGUAGUUUGCAGUCCUUAAAUUAUUGAUUGGAUUAGUCUAAUAAGGCGCAGAAUCAUAUAAGGUAAAAACAAUAAUCUUAAUAUAAAACAUAAUAUUUUAGGUCAUUUAUGGAUUGGUAGGGUUUAGCUCCAGGAUUCUUAUGUCAGCACAAAUCACUUUGGUUAUCUCACUCGCAAUUAAUUUUUUUGUUAUUCCCUAAUAUCGAAUGGGAGGUUUUGGCUGCCAGGUUUUGUUAUUAUUACCAGAAUUUACUAGUAAAGUAGAUAUACAAAGAGUAUAUCUUACCACUUUAUUAUAUUUCCUUCCUUCUUGAGUUAUACAAACGAUUUGAAUUAUUUGAUAACUCAAAAUCCAUCCCCCAGGUCGUUUUAAUGUCUUGGAAAUUUGAGUAUGAUUUUGUUUUAAAAAUUGUUCUGGAGCUAGACUCACACCUUUCCAUGGUCAUCUUUCAGCCAUUCUAUGUCUCCUACAAAUCCAGCAUUUGGAUAAUCUUAAUUCUGUGGCAAUUUCUUGGAUCAAAUCUAGAAAAAGAUUUUGAGUUGAAGUUGGCAAAUCCCAGUCACUGUACUGCUGUUUUAACUGUUCAUAUCACUCAGUUCCUCCAAUUCUUUCCUGGGAUCUUUUUCAUACCUUUAUUUCCUUUUGUUUUUAAAACUCUUGUGAUUGUAACAGGCAGUGCUAACAUAUGGAUGUGCCAUGAACCCUGGUUCCAUCUUGUCCCUGACUCAGCUACAGAGUGAUUGCAUUUGUCACAUGGAUUGGAAUUAUUGGGACUUUGUUUUCACAUAGAUUGUUCUUUCAUUGCUUGCUUUUGUGCUGCUUGUUUUAAUAUCUCUUAUUCCUUCCUUAUUUCUUGGAUUCUGUCCCAUCCAGCUUUACAGUUUUGGCCAGUUUCCAAGGGUAUCUUAAUGAACACAGUGAAAAUAAUGCUCAGGACUUUUAACUCUCUACCUUCCUCAAGGCCCCUUGGGUUGCAGCCAAGGGCCGAAGUCCCAGUCUUCUUGGUAGCAAAGUUUAUAUCCUGGGAUCUGGUCACUGACACAUUUGGUCUCACUGGUACCUUUGGCUUCAUAAGGUUUGUGUGAGCCAUUGUAACUCUGUUUGUUUUAAGGAUGGCAGAGAUUUCGCAGCACUGCUUUAUCUCUCUCCCUAAGUUAGUCAGCUACUUUUUUUUCUUUUUAUUUUUUUUAAUUUAAACUACCAAAGCUCCAGAGAUGUGCCAACCACAAUAAAAGUUACUUGUUACACAACUUCAGUUAACAAUUUAUUAAUGAACUUUAAUUAACAGGGGGUUCUCUUGGCACAGUUUUUGUUGUUAAAUAAAACAUUUAGUCAAAACAAUUUAUAUUUACUGUACAAAAUACUAAAAAACAAACAUACUUAAAAGAUAGGAAAAUGUAAGGUUCUGUGAAAAGAAACUGUGCUACAUGUUAUUCACACUUAUAAUGCACAUAACACAACUGCAACACGCUAUUUAGAUAUUGUAUAUUCAUAGAUGGCUGGUAUAAAGUUUUUGUAAAGGGAUGCUAUGUUAUUAAAAUGACUUUGUGCUUCACAGACUCCGAACAAGGCAGAAUUUGUCUUUUGAAUGUCUAAAUAUAAUAAACCAAACAAAAUCAAUGCUAGGCUGUAACAAAUGGUCAGUCGUGUUCUAUGUCAGAGCUCACUUGGCACAGCCAGCACUGCACACGUCUCAGUCAGAUGGGAUUUUGGUAUUGCUGCUGUGUUUUGUUCUUUUUCUCCAGCAAAAUAUCUUCGGGUGAAGGAGCAGUUUUACUCUUUUUGCUGCUUUUUGGUUUGUAAAGGGUACAACAGAUAACCCUGGCUUUCCUGUCUUUUAGAAAUAAAUUAAUCCUUCCCCCCCACCCCAGGGAAGCUACAGGGCAGCAUAGUCGCUCUCUUCCUGAUUAAAAGGUUCCUUUGAAUUUUACAUACUUGUGAUUUUACAGUUUUACUGAAGAAAUUACUGUGACUCCUUAGAAAAUUCAAAAAAACCCUCUUUAAAAAUGUUUAGAGUAAAUAUUAACAGAGGUAAAAAGUUACCUUGCAAUAAUUAGUUUUAAAACCUAAUGUCAAAAUCUUGAGUGAUUUACAGCUACUGAUAAAAUGACCAUCCAAUUAAUGUUAUCUAUAGAAGAUAUUCAUGGUUUAAAAAAUAAUUAGCUAGGAGAACUUCAUUGUACAAGAAGACAAAGUUAAGUUAACCAUCUAUUACCCAUUUUCUUGUUUUUUCCACAAAUACAAUAAGGUAAUUUCAAUGUGAGUCUUUUUGCUAUAAAAGACAUGUCUAACAGCAUAUAUACUGAUUUGGGCUUUGGAUUUUAAUUAAAAAUUGGACUUGAUGUUUUUGAAAAGUGCCACAAAAGCUGAAUGAUAACUUGCCAAAUCAUGUGUUAUUGUGUUUUUUCUCUAGUAAAACCGCACUUUAAAAGUCCUAACAAACAAGCAUAUACCAGGCAAAUUCCUGCUACAAAUAAGUAUUUUCAGUAACAUCUGUAGUUAUUGAGUUAUACUCAAAGCCAAAUUACUUAGAAACAUAAUGUAUUUGUUGCAUUUUUAUAAUCUCUAUAGUAAAUCCAUGUUGCUGUUUUAUUGUGUUCAAAAGUUAUAUACCAAACUUUCAGUUGCCUUUUUUGUAAUAAUAGAGUAAGAUUGAGUUAUGCUUUCAUUUGAUACAAAUUAAGUAUUGAUAGAAUUAAGUGAAGUUUCACUAUGUUUAAGUCUGAGUGUUCUUAAGUUAGGUUUCAUAACUUUGGUAUUCUUUUGAGGUUAAGUUUUGUUAUUUCCUUCUGUCAUAAUUA